AUGUAUGAGUGUGAGUUUAAAUCUUAUCUGAUUUUUAUCAAUGCAACAAGCUUAUGUUCCCCAUUCCUAGUUUAUUGGGUGAAUUGGUUGAAAGCAAAAGCACAGUAUGAUCGUUGGAGUGAAGAGCUGAAGUUGGUGCAGCAUGAAAUGUAUUGGACAGUAUGCUAG